UGUGUCUGAUUGUUACUAUUCUCCGGGUUGUUAUUGUUAGAGCUUCGUUGCAGCAGGUGCAUUUAUCAAUGGCCAUUUCAAAUCUGAAUUUCUGUUGCUUCAAUAAAGCAAGCUGUCUGUGAAUCUGUGAGCGCAGAAGUUCUCCUCAAAUGCAACCAGAUUUAAAGUGUAAAACACACUAUUUGUGAAUCUGUGCUUGUGGAAGUUCCUAUUGAACAUGACCAGAGUUACAGUGAUGAAUUGCUUCUAAGCCCCUCUUGCCCCUGAGGCCCAGCUGGAAUGCAAGGGGGUUUAUUUUCUGCCAGAUUUCUUACUCUUAAUUCAGCACACACGUCUAUGUGUAUAUAUAUGUACAUAUGCAAGAUGUCUGGUGACUCUGUUCAGACUGCUAAACUUCCCUCUUCAGAACCACCUGUCAUGUUAAAGAAGUCACGUGCCGUUGGGAGCUUAUCUCCCCCUGAGCCUGCCACUCAAGAAGUCCAGGAUAUCACCAACCAGGUGAAACUACAACUUGAAGUCAAGGUAAACGGGAAAUGUGACAUCUUUAGAGCCAUACUCUACAGGACUCAAAUAGUUGCUGGGACAAUUUACUUCAUUAAGGUCCAAGUUGCUGACACCGAAUAUGUCCACUUAAAGGUGCUUCUGGGCCUUCCUCCGGAGAAUGUAUGUCCUGCCCUUGUCAAUUUUCAGACUGGCAAGACCAGAGAUGAUCCUCUGGACUACUUCUGAGGCACGAUGAGAGACGGUGCCUCACUUCUGCAAGUCACAUGGUGGUUCUGACCGUGACAGUAAAUGCAUGAAAAUAAAAUAAGACUUGAAAGCUA